GACGUCUCUGUGACACGCAUCAACAUGUCUGAUAUUAAUACUGUCUUCAAUCGCAUCACACAGAAAGCUGGAGAGACAUUGGCCAACAAGGAAAAAACUGCACCCCAGGCAGAAACUGCUGAGCUUCUCGCUCAGUUGGAUAAAAUGAAGCCAUGGUGCAACCAGAUGAUCUCAGCUGUCGAACAGUUUAUUGACGUAACCGCAGCAACCAAAGUUGUUGAUGUCUUCAAAAAGAAUAACGAAAAGAAAACACAAGCUGACAAGAUAAAUACAGCCUUUCGAACCGUGGGAGAGGAAGCUACUGGUUUUCCAAAAAUGAGCGCCUACCUUGUUGAAUCGGCCGCAGCGCACGAUCGCAUGGCGGCUGCCAAGAAAACAUUCAACGAAAACGUUACUAAGGGUCUCCUCCAGGUUUUGAAGGACUUUAGAGACAAGGAUCUCGUUGACGCCUUGAGACAAAAAGACGAGAUGGAGAAGGCACGAUUGGAUUUGGACUCCGCCAAAGCCAAGCUGAAGAGUGUUAAAUCCGAAGAAAACAAAGCCAAGUGGCAAGCUGAAGUGUCGAAAUUCCAGGCUACCUACAACAAGGAACAGGGUGAAACCACUACGAUGCUACGGGAGACACAUGAUGCUUUUGAAGGCUUGAGAGAACACUUCAAACAGUUCGCCGCGGAGGAGAAGGCCUACUACACCAGCUGCAUGGAGGAAUGCACAAAAUUGUGCCAGAUGUCGUAA